AUGGUUGUCACUGGGCAUUGGAUUGAUUCUUGUUGGAAUUUGCAAAAGAGAGUUUUAAGUUUCAGUAACAUUCCACCACCAAGGAGAGGUCUUCAAAUUUCUGAUGCCAUUUUUAAGUGUAUGAAAGGGUGGGGUAUUGAAAACAAGGUUUUCACUAUUACUGUUGAUAGUGCUUCAAAUAAUGAUUUAGCCAUUCGGUACAUGAAAGAUACCAUUCAAAGAUCUAGAACAUUGGCAUGUGAAGGAAAUUUAUUUCAUAUUUGUUGUUGUGCACAUAUCUUGAAUUUGUGUGUUCAAGAUGGAUUGAGGGAGAUUGAAGAUAUUAUUAGUAAUAUAAGGGAAAGUGUAGAAUACGAAAAUCGUUUAGAGGUAAGACGUGUACAAUUUAUAGAGUGUGUGCAACAAUUGCAGUUGAAGGAUGAAAAAUUGAUUCGUGAUUGCACAACUAGGUGGAACUCGACUUUUGAAAUGUUAAGUUGUGCACUCAAGUUCAAAGAAGUUUUUCAAAUGUUCAAAGAAUGUGAUCACUUUUAUGGUUGCUGCCCUCAAGAAGAAGAAUGGAAUAAAGCUCAAAAGAUUUGCUCAUUGUUGGAGACAUUUUGGAUAACCACACACAUCAUUUCUGGUAGUGAGUAUCCUACUUCAAAUCUAUUUCUUCAGGAAGUUCAAAAAAUAAAGUCAUCAUUGGAUACUUAUGCACAACAUGAAGAUUUGUUUCUUAAGCAACUGGCUAGUAAAAUGAAAGAAAAAUUUGACAAGUAUUGGGGUGAUUGUAAUCUAUUGAUGGCUAUAACUGUUGUGUUAGAUCCAACCAAAAAAAAUGUUAAGGAGAUAAUUAAUUCUCUUUAUGAAAAGUAUGUUGUUGAAGAAACUAAUAACGGAGCACCUCAUCCAUCUGAGUCUGAGAGUUUUGGUUCUUCAAGUGUUAAAAGAAAUCAACAAAGUUCUGUGUAUAGUUGGGAUGAUUUUGAUAACUAUUGUGCAAAAGUUGAAACUUCAGAGAUUAAGAGAUCUGAAUUGUUUAAUUUUAACACCCUCAACAUUCGGUUGCUGAAGAGGAGGAGCGGGAUCGUCGGCGGGCUAAGCAGGAGCAGCAAUGAAGUGGCAAAUCUGUUCCGCAGGCUCUACAAGGAGGUGGUGGUGAAGCAGGACGAAAGAGGCUACAUUUGGAGCGUAUUGAAGGAGGUGAACGAGCGUGGCGGCGCUGAUCAUGAAUACGGUGCGUGGCGUGCGUAUCUGGAUCACAAGCCGUUUUGCUCGCGAUCGUUCAGUGCGAUUGUGCUGUUUGUGAUUAACGUCACCCAGCUUGGUUUCGCUGUUCUCAACUACUUUAGGCCACAAAAACAACUUUGA